AUGGUGCCAGAAGAAGUUAAGCAAUUUCCAAAAGUAGACGAAUUUGAUUUUUGCUUAGUAGUACCAUUAGGACCAGAAAAUGCCGAGCCAACUUCGUCCAGUCCAAGCCAUUCCAGAGAUAAAAUAGUCGACCGGUCGCCAUUCGACCAGAUCAAUUUGAAAAUGGAGGGUGUUUCUGGUGCUAAUGGAGCCAAAAUUCAAUUCAGAUGGAACAAUUACAACGUGCCGGCGAACGUGAAUUUCUACUUUCAUAUCAAGUCGUGGCUGAUGGAUGGUGAACAUGAUAAGAAGCAUUGUGUGACCGGUAAGGGACGGUUCUGAAAUUUUAUUUUUGUUGUUGUAAAGAAAGUUCUUGCUAUUUUUUAGUUUGUAAGGAAAGUUUUUGCCAUUUUAUGACUUGUAAAGAAAGUUCUUGCCAAUUAUAUUAAAAGUAACAUUUAUGGGUUUGGCAGCCUGCGGGUGACAUUUUAUACGAUAACGCAAUUUUUUACUAUUUUGUACAUUGUAAAGCAAGUUUUUGUCAUGUUAUAAUUUGUAAAGAAAGUUUUUGCAUUAUUUCAGAAAAAUCUCGGAUUCUGAAUGAAACAGUCCGUUUUUCGGUCGAUUUAACCGACAACGAUGACAUUUUACCGCGCUGUGAAGACUACGUAUGUGUGAGCGGUCAUAUUGUGAUACGACAAUCUCUACGAGAUGCUCAAACUCGAGUACCAUCAGUCGAGAGGAAUCAACCAAGGAUAAUAUGUGCUCAACUGGCCAAGUUUUUACAUUCACAGUCGUUUACUGACUGUGAAAUACGAUCGGAUGGAGAGAUUUUUAAGGUAGGGUAGGGUAGGGUAGGGUAGGGUAGGGUAGAAUAAGGUAGGGUAGGGUAGGGUAGGGUAGGGUAGGGUAGGGUAGGGUAGGGUAGGGUAGAGUAGGGUGUGGCACUUAUUAUCAUAAUCAAUCUAAUUUUAGACUCACAAGCUGAUCCUAGCGGCUAGUUCACCAGUCUUUGAACGAAUGUUAAGUGGUACCUUCACAGAAGCCAGAACUUGUGUCAUUGAUUUGAAAGACGUUCGUGCCAAUGUUGUAGCGGCUAUGUUAUCGUUCUUGUAUACGGGUUCAAUUCAUCAGUUUGAUGAAAUUGGCAGGGAAUUACUGUAUCUGGCUGAUCAGUACCAUAUUCAAGUAAGUUUUUCUCAUUUUAAUUUUGUAAAGAAAGUUCUUGCCAUUUCUUAAUCUGUAAAGAAAGUUCUUGCCGUUUUUUGCCUUGGAAAGAAAUUUCUUGCCAUUUUAUGUUUUGUAAUGAGUUUUACUUCAGAAUCUGCUCGACUUUUGCUCAGUAAAACUGAUGGCGUCGAUGACAUGCGAACUAGCUUGUGACAUUCUAACUGGACACCCAUCAAUAUUACACUUGGAAGCUUUAAAGACCGAAAUAAUUGAUUUUCUAAUCGAACAUCACAAUGAGUUUGUCCAUACGAAAGGCUGGAAGGAGCUGGCAGCCUCUUCCAACGUGGCCUUGCUGACCGAGUUGUUCAAAGGCUUCGGAGAUCAUGUUCAUCGAAGUGCUAGCUUGUGUUGA